AUGGUAUUGUCAAUGAAACAGGAUGUACAGGUAAUGUACCAUUAUGAUGCGGCGUGCUGCCGAGUCUUCGGCGGGACUCUCUGGCUCGUGGAUGGUACGGGAUCUGCGCUAAUGCGCUUCGACGGGAUCCUCUUCUGCUACAACAAGAGCCAACGCGUGCUUACCAAGACGCAGAUACUGGUUGAAGAGGCGCAUGGACUAGAGGAGGUACGACUCAUUAGUAUCUGCUAUACAUGUGAGGCCUUACGUGCUUUCGAGGCGAGGAUGCAAGCACCCAGCACGUGUGCAGACCUCUGCUUGCGAGGCGGACUUUCACGACGAGAUGCAGACGCGUUGAAUGAGCACAACUCUAUCGUCGAUCAGGCGAGCGACUACCACUCGCUGCACACUGACCCGGCGGUAGCCGUCCUGCAUGAUUAUUGCUCUACGGGUGCGGCCAGCCGUGCACUGUUCAAGCAAUUCCCGCCUCGAUGA